UAAAAGGGAGGAAAAAGGUAUAAAUUUGUUAAAUACGAGGGGAAAAAUCCGAUGAAUUUUGGAGGAGUACGAGGAAUUAAAAGUAGAUGGUUAAAAGUGUUUAAGGAAGGGUUAAAUGGGGGUGAAAAAGGAACUAGAACGAUAUUUUUUGGUAGUUUUAUAGAUAUAUAUUUUUUUUUUCCGGAUAAAAGGUGUAAAUUUCAUGUUUUGACGAGAACUAGAAAGAUUAAGUCAAAUGGAGUAGAAUUGAGGGGAUUAUCUGUGCUAUGUGGAGGACCAGAAACGCUAUCAAUUACACCGUUUGUAGGAGAAGAAUCGAGGAUUUCUAUAUUGAAAUCAAAGUCGGAUAUUACAUUGGAAUAUGAAGAAAAGAUGUCUAAGUUAUUAGAAGAAAAUCGAUAUUUUAAUGUAAUUGAGGUAUAUAAUGAGAUGAAAAGCCUUGGAAUUACUCUUAGUGUUAAAUUGUAUGAUAUUAUAAUUCAAUCGAUGGUUAAAAUUCGUCAACCAGGAGUUGCAACGAUGAUUCAUACGCUUUUAGAUACAUAUAAAAGUAUGCUUGAGCAACAAUUGACACCAAAUGUUUCUAUAUAUUCUACGCUUAUUCUUGCGCUUUGUGUUCGUGAAGAAGAGGUGUAUUCUCAAUUACAAACAUUGAAUAAUAAGAUUUCACGUGGUCUUCCAAAUAGUUUACAGUUACAAGAGCGAUUGAACUCAUUAAAAAAGGAAAACAAUUUAAGUAUGGCAUGUGAAAUAUUUAAGGCAAGCGUAAGUGUUAGAUUUCAGCCUUAUUCAUCCGAUGUAUUUUCAGAAUUGAUGCGUAUUUGUGCUUUAGUGGGUAAAACGGAUGAACUUCUUAUGAUAUAUCGAAAAAUUGUUAAUCAUAAUGUUAUUCCGUCUCCUCAUGUGUUUAUAUCACUGAUUAGAGGGUUUUCUAUGCAUAAGGAUGUUAAAUCAAUGGUAGAAUGUUUUAAUGAAUAUAAAAAAUUUGCAUCUAAGAUGGAACCUCAUGAUAAAUAUGAUGUCUAUUGUGCAUUGAUUGAUGGUUAUUUCAGAUCAUCUCGUUCUUAUGCAGCAAUAUCAUUUUUUGAAAAAAUGGCAGCUCAAAAGAAUGCCUAUAUUCCAUAUAAAGUUUUUAAAAUAAUUAUAUUUGGACUUUCUUUAAAUGGGGAUUAUUUGACAGCUAAAUCUUGGAUUGAUCGUAUGAUAAAAGAUGAAAACCUUCCUGAUCCUACACCAUCAUGUACAAUACCUGUUAUUAGUGGUGCUAUUAAAGCAAAUGAUUUGGAGGUUGCAAUUUCACUUUUUGAUUAUGCAUCUUCUAUUGGAUCUAUAAAACCAUUUGGAAGGGUUGUUUUUGACUUUAUACAUUUAUGUUUAAAACAUGGGAAAAAUGAUUAUGUAAAUAAUGUUCUUAAUCGUGUAUCAGUUGAAGGCAUUAGACCAGAUGAAAUGUCAACUCAAGCAAUUGCUCUUGAAAUGAUUAAAAAUGACGAUAUAGAAUCAUGUCUUCAAUUAUAUAAAUUAUGUUUGAAACUUAAUGUUCAACAUUUUGGAUCAACAAGGUAUAUUCGCAGAGGAUUUACAUUAGCAGGUAUUUCCAUAAUGGAAGAAUUAAAAAGAAAGAAUAUUCUUAAUUUCAAAUUAUGCUUAGAGAUUAUUGCAGAUGUAUGUGAUACAGCAUUUUAUAUACCAUAUCCUAUGCUUCUAUAUGUUUUAAAAUAUUAUUUUAUGGAAAAGAAAAUGUCAGUAGAAACAUGGAGAGCUAAUUUUAAAUCAUGGGAUCCAUUUGUAUUAAGUUUAAGCCUUAGGGUUUUAUGUUUUUCUAUUAAACAAGAACGUGGUUCUUAUGCUCAUAGAGUAUUUCCUGAAUUGGUCAGUGACAUUAUAUCUGAAGAUCUUACUGUUAUACCGGGUUCUGCAAUGGCUGUUUCUGAUACUCUUAGGAUUUUGGGAGAAAAGGUUUUAUCAGCUGAAUGGGAAAAAUAUAUUCAAAAAUAUAAAUCACAUGAUACUUGUACUGUAGAUAAAAGAGUUCUUCAAGUUUCUAAUUGUCAGAGAUUAAGACCUCUUUCUAUUGAUCUUAUGCGUGAUUGGAAUCAAGUUAGAAAUCAUCCUCAUAUAGACUUUUCUACUUCUCAGAAAGUUUUAAAUGAUUCUAUUUGUCAUAAUAAGACUAAUGAUUAUUCUGCUUUGGUUCAUGAAAUAUAUGUAACAUAUAAUAGAGGGAAGGAUAUUACUCCAGAAGCUUAUUGUAGGCUAAUGGAGCGUCUUGGGAAGGAAAAAAGAUUGGAUUUAGUUAAUGAUCUAUAUAAAUUUGCAAGGAAAUCUAUUUCUAAAAAUUUUACUGGAGAUACAGGACUGUGUUAUCAUGGAUAUUGUCUGAAUAGUAUGAUUAUUUCUCAAAUAUAUUCUAAUCAAAUGGAUGAAGCCAAAAAAUAUCAAAGAGAACUAUUAGAACUUGGGUUUUCUCCAAAUGCAUCUGUUUUCGCUACAUAUAUUAUAAAUUUGAAAAAUCCUGAUCCUCGUCAAGAUGCUGAUGAUGCUAUGAAUAUCUAUUAUGAAGCAAAAUCGUAUAACGUUGAACUUACAGCAUAUUUUUAUAAUGCUCUUUUAUCAAAACUUUCUAAAGCAGAUAAAUUGCAUGAAUCUCUUGAAUUAUUCUCUGAAAUGAAAAAGAAUAAUACUAUUCCUAAUAGUAUUACAUAUGGAACUCUCAUAAAUACUUGUUGUAGAGUUGGAAAUGAAGAAUUGGCAAAUGAUCUAUUUAUAGAAAUGGAAAAUGUUCCUCGUUAUUACGCUAGAGUAGCACCAUAUAACAUAAUGAUGCAAUUCUAUCUGCAUAAUAAGAAAAAUAGACAAAUGGUACUUAAAUAUUAUGAUAGGCUUUGUAAUCAGGUUUUGGCUCCUUCAUCUCAUACAUACAAACUUCUUAUUGAUUGCUGGACUAUUCUUGAUCCACCAGAUAUUAAUAAAGCGCUUGAAAUAAUAGCUGAUAUGACGAAAAAUAGUGUUCCUAUUACUACUCUGCAUCAUGGUGCAAUUAUAUAUGCAAAAGGUUGUAUUCUUAAGGAUUUAAAAAGUGCUAGACGAUAUUUCGAUUCUAUUACUAGACGCUAUUUUAAGCCAGUAAUACCUGAUCAUAUUUUAUAUGAAGCCUUAAUAGAUGCAUAUGUUACUAAUUGCUCAAUGAAAAAUAUUCCUAAAUUAUUAUUUCAGAUGAAAAAUAAUAAUAUAAUAUUAAAUUCCAAUAUAGCUAAUAUACUUAUUCGCGGUUGGAUGCAAGAAGGUCAAAUAGAAAAAGCAAGAGAAGUUUUUGAUUCUCUUAAUCUAGAAACAGAUAGCUUCGCAAAGAAAGAACCAAAAAAUUAUAUAGCAAUGAUUCAGGCUUAUUUAUCAGUUAAAGAUAUAGCAUCUGCUAAAGCUAUUUUUGAAGAAAUGAAAACCUAUUCUUCUUCUCAAAUUGAUAUUUCUCAUGCUGAAGCUCUUUUUAAAAAAUAAACAUCUUAGGACUUUUUUUUGAUUAUAUAUAACUUUUAGUUUUAAU